AAUAAAUACAACACAUAACGGACUAAUUUAAAUACAAGAUACAGUACAACGCAAUACAUAACACAAUUAUUUUAAAGAUCACAAUAAUAAUUUAAUAAUCCGGUAGGUCCUUUCCAAACUUAACAAUAUUCCCAAAAAAAUUGAUGAAUGAUCCAGAUAAGUUGUGAUUGCGGUUGUGCUUGUUGUUGUUUUCUCCAGUUAUUCGUAGUUGUUCUUUAGAAAUUUAGAAUAAAAUAUAAAUCUAUAUUAUAUAAAGAAUGUGAAAUAAAAUAAAAUUUUAUAUUAAUGUAAAUUAUAUAGGGUGAUUAUUUGGAAAAAAGAAAUAAAGGAUUUAAAAGAUAAAUAAUAAUAUUAUAUCGUAGAAGAUUCUUUUUAGAAAGUAAAGUAAAGAAUUGAGUUAGAGUAGGUUGUCUAAACAAAACAGAGAAAUUUAUAUUUGGUGGAGAGUUAAAUAGAAGAGGGUAGGGUUGGAGAUCCCAAGGCAAAAAAAAAUGGCAGAUUCCAUACACUCAAAGCUCCAAAUAGUGAUGUUCCCAUGGCUUGCUUUUGGCCAUUUAAUCCCAUUUCUCAGCCUCUCCAAUGAACUUGCUAAAAAGGGUCACAGAAUCUCAUUCUUGUUACCCAAAAAUGCUGAAAUUAAACUUCAAAAAUUCAAUCUUUACCCUAAUCUCAUCACUUUCCACCCACUCAAAAUCCCUCAUAUCCAUGGCCUUCCAUAUGGAGCUGAAACUACAGCUGAUGUGCCUAGAGCUUUGGAAACUCUACUAGCAGCAGCUAUGGAUGAAUUGUAUGAUGAAAUCAAAUCUUUUCUUCGAAAUCUAAAACCCCAUUUCGUUUUCUUUGAUUUUGCUCAUUGGGUUCCUGAAAUAGCAACAGAAAUUGGGGGUAUCAAGACUUUAUGUUAUAAAACCGUUUGCCCUGCUACAUCAGCUUAUUCAUUGGUUCGAUCACCGGAAAAGAGUGUUUUUAUGGCAUCAACUGCAGCUGAAAAAGUUAGGCCACCACCAGGUUACCCUUCUACUACUGUGGUGUUGCACGAACACGAAGCUAAGUUGCUAGAGUUUCUGUUUCAAGAAUAUGGCAAGGGAGUGACAAUAUAUGAACGGUUGACAAAGGGAAUGACGCUAUGCGAUGCAAUAGCUUUGAAAACAUGUCGAGAGAUUGAAGGAACAUUUGGUGACUACAUCGCCACACAAUUUAAAAAACCAGUCCUUUACACUGGACCUGUUCUUCCUGAUCCUGAAAAGGGGCCUUUAGCAGAACAUGGAUUAUCGAAUUGGCUCGAGAAGUUCGAACCAGGAUCGGUGGUGUUCUGUGCAUUUGGAAGCCAAUUGAUUCUCGAAAAGAAGCAGUUUCAAGAACUUGUUUUAGGCCUUGAACUAACAGGUCUGCCAUUUCUGGUAGUUCUUAAGCCACCUGAAGGAACAAAUUCAGUAGAAGAAGCCCUGCCUGAGGGAUUCAAAGAAAGGGUUCAAGAAAAAGGAUUGGUUCUUGCUUGUUGGGUGCCUCAGUUGAAGAUUUUAACUCACAAAUCAGUUGGUUGUUUUGUGUCACACUGUGGUUAUGGAUCAAUGUGGGAAUCUUUAGCAUUGUGUGAUUGUCAAUUAGUACUUUUGCCAAGUGCUAAUGAUCAAACUUUAAGUGCUAGGAUGAUGGAACAAGAUCUUAAGGUUGGUGUUGAAGUGAAGAAGGAUGAAAAUGGUUGGUUUUCAAAGGAGAGUUUGUGCAAGGCUGUGAAAUGUGUCAUGGAUAAAGAUAGCCAAGUUGGCUGUUUGGUGAAAGAGAAUCAUAGAAAAUGGAAGGAAGUUCUUUCAAGUCCUGGUUUCAUGAGCAACUAUAUUGAUAGUUUCAUUCAGAUUUUGUAUGAACUUCUAGUUAAAUAGACCUAGAAUAGGCAUGCGGUUGGAGUUACGGGUUCAAUAUGUAUAAGAACGUAUUUCAAACUUAAAACUCUGAAUCCGCCUCUAGUUGAAAACAAAUGUUCGUACUUUUGUCAUACUCCAGUUUCUGAAUAGAUGGGUUGCAGUAAAAUAAUUGUACUAAUGUUGCUCUGAUGAACAUCUUGUGGUGGUCUGAUAUUAAUAAUUCUGUUUAGUCUUGAUUCCAUGGGGAAUUUUGAAUUUUAUGCUA